CUCCUAUCCAAGAAAAAUGUUUACAUCCACUCACUUUCCUGAGGAUAAAAAAUGCUCAAAUCUAGAGCUACUUUGCUGCUGGGUGGAGAAAGGAGAGGAGCUACAUCUCCAUCCCCUCAGUCAAAAGGCAAGGAUCAAGCACAUUGUCCAUUAAACAGAUCUGGUUGCAAAUUCAAUGAAUCGAUGGCAGCUGCAAUUCCGACUGGUGAAUGCCUAGAAGCCCUAGAAUUGAGAAACCCCAGAAAUGGGGCACUGCCCGAAAUUCGUUCUCAUUGCAGCUCUAGCUCAAGGGGGAAAAAAGAACUUCUGAGGUAUGCAUGCGAUGAUGGACGUGUCUGUUCCAGCUCCCAAGUGCAGAGGAAAGAAGAACACAACCCAGAAGAACUUCUAGAGAUUGUCCUCCAUAUCAGGAGCAAGCACCCCUACAUCCAGUGCAAUUUGCUGGUAAGCUGCAGUCGCUAUAGCAGACUCUAUCCCUGGUCACGCCAUUACACACAACAGAAGUGUAUGUGCACACUUGUGGACAGACUGCAAAAACAACAACCAAUAGCAGUGAUUGAGAGGAUGAAUCCAGAGAGAGAUUUACCUUGCUUGAGUGUUCUAAACGCUACCGCCUGCUCAGGCAACAUACCUGAAACCAUUCACAGAAAGCUGUCAAUGAAACGGCAAAAGAAAAGAUUCAUCAACAAUAUCUACCCUGAGAAACAGUGA